AUGUCGUCCCUUCUGAAGGAGGAAAUGCAGAGGGUGAUAUUUCGACCUGAGAAACAGAGGCUGGUGGAGUUCAUCGAGAUCUUCGAGCCGUCAAGAGGAAGGCAUUUUCUCUGUGUCUCAGUUAUGAAGAGCGAAGUGGUACAACUAUGUAUCGUGAGAUGUCAGAAGUCUCAGAAGUCCUUUAAAUCUGCAUCCAAGAGGUCCUACACCCAUCGUACUGGUUUUCAAGAUUCAUACAAGAAGACAGAAAUCUGGUCACUUCAAGACCUGACUCUCAUUGACGGACGGGAUCCUGAUAAGGAUGACCCUUGUUUCCUGAUGCACUUUGACAAGGUGCGCACAGUUACGGCUAUCAGCUGCUCGGCCAAGUACUCUCUGGUGCGGACGCUGGUUACUCUCUCUGAUCAGCACUGUCAGCAGCCCCUGAACUUGAAGAAUUUCGAGUUGGCCUACAUCAAGCCCACCUCCUUCUACUCCAGCAGGGGAGACUGUGUUGUUUUAACACAGAUCUGCUUUUAUGCAUUUAAUUUGGUGUGUCUGUCCAUGUGCCCAGUGCCUUUGGACUGA